AUGAUUACUCCAAAAUUCUCCGUAACCCAAAAUGAUGAGUUCAUUUUGAUCGAAAUUCACAUUGCUAACAUCAGAUUUAAUUCCCCAGCGCUGGAAAUGGUUGUAGAUGAGAAUUUGUUCAUUUUUCACCUUUCGCCAUAUUAUCUUCGUCUGAGAUUUCCACAUGCUUUGGUCGAUGACGAGAGAGCCAAAGCAGAGUACAAAUCCAAAGAAGAACUAAUUGAUAUUAGAAUUCCGAAAAGUGAGAAGGGGCAAUUUUUUGAAGACUUGGACUUACCCACUAAACUCCUGGCAAGACAAGGAGAUAUACUUGGUGCGGAUUUACUUGGGAAUAGCCAAAACUCCCAAAACUCUAAGGCGCCUAUCAUCCAAGAGAUUGGGGAAAGUUCCAGUUCGCAAUGUGAACCAGACCAAGAUGUUGAUAUUAAUUGGGAAAUUGAGCAAACCGUAAACCCUGAUACGUCCACACUUUUAAAUGCAAAAUACGGAUUCGACUCUCAAUAUGAUUCUGCUGUGGGAGUCUCUGUUGCCAAUGGUAAUGAUAUAAACGAACUCGAUGAUCCAGAAAAGACUGAUAGUAACGACCGGGUGAAAGAAAGACUAAGAAAAGAAAGCCUCAAAUUUGAUCCUGAAUACUACGCAUCAGAGUACAUGAUCGCAAAGUAUGGGAAUAAAGAUGACUUAGAGAUCAAUGGAAUCAAGACUCUUCUAGCUUACGUUCCUCCGCUAGCGAAGAGAUUUCUGAAAUGGUAUAAGCGUGCGGAGAACAAAGAUGCUAUCAUGUCGAUAGAGUUUUCUGAUGUUGAACAAGAACAGAUGCAAUCAAAUAUCCCCAAGAAACACUACGUGGUGAGUAAUGUAAAACCUCUUUAUCUAACUAUUUUAUCGUUGUUAUUCGCCUACAAUUUCGAGCAAAUGGAGAAUGAAGGUGCUCAUAAUAUUGAAUCAGCCUGGACGAUAGGUAAGCUUGCCCCACAAAUGUCAUUUUUAGAUCAACAGAUUCUUCUAAAUGAAGACUUAAAAAGCUUUUCAAUGAUAAAAGCCAUUGUCAUAACUGCUAUAAGAAGAAGUUUGAGCUACACGCUGCAUAGAAACUACGAUCUCUCGAUGAAAGCCUGGAAUUUUGCAUAUUACAUCCUUAGAGGCGGCAAGAGACUUAUCAUACAGGCCCUUUUGGAUAUCCACGAAGUUUUCAGAUUCCAUGACAUUUAUUAUGUCUAUAAUCGAGUACUUCUAGAUGAUCUUUGUGCAUGGUUUAUUGCAGAGGGGAAUGAAAAUAUUAUCAGGAGUUUAGCACUGCAAUUGAAAAAAGAAUUAAAUGAAGUCCAAAAAAAAGACAUUGAUUUUGACUGCAUUUCAGGUUUUGAUGAAGAGACCGGACAACCUAGUUGGGAAAAUAUGACAAUUCAAGAAAUAGAAUUUUUGGCAGAGCAAGAAUUUUUGCAGAAUAAUGAAACGGCCACGUGA